GUAAAAAUAAUUGAUUAAUUGUAGGGGUGCACUUUACAGUGUUAAAACCUCGUGAAUCAAUUUAACGUACUGCUCAGUACUUCAUCGCGUUAAACGUAUAACCACCUCACACCAGAACGUUGUUUUGAUCGAUGGAGGAUUUCUCGUUGACGAGCCCAGUGUGGGCAGAUGUGACGCGCGUCCCGCAAGACGACGGCCCGAACCCUGCGGCUCCCAUCAGCUACUCAAAGCACUUUCAAGAAGUGAUGGAUCUGUUCCGGGCGGUCCUGCUCUUGGACGAGCACAGCGAACGAACGUUGGCAUUGACCGCGGCAGCCAUUGAGUGCAACGCCGCCAACUACACGGUUUGGCACUUUCGCCGAAAGGUCCUCGCGUCGCUCAACGCCGAUCUGUACGACGAGCUCGAGUUCACCAGGCAACAUGCGCUGGAAUCCCCCAAGAACUAUCAAAUCUGGCACCAUCGCCGCGAAAUCGUCGAGCGACUGAACGACAGCACGGUCGAGUUGGCGCUUGUCGCCGAAGCCUUGACCGACGACCAGAAGAACUACCACGCGUGGUCGUAUCGCCAGUGGGUGGUCAAGCGUUUCUCGCUCUGGGACGACGAACUAGCCUUCGUGGACGAGAUGCUUUUGCUCGACAUGCGCAACAACUCGGCGUGGAACCAUCGAUGGUUUGCGAUCCACAACAUGCAUGCCGUUGUUCCCGCCGACGUCCGCGCGCGUGAAGUGCAAGUCGCCGCCGCGUACAUCCGCCGCGCGCCGCACAACGAGAGUCCAUGGAACUACCUCCGCGGGUACCUUCGUGAAGGGCCAUCGUCGGCUGUGGAUGUCGAGCCCAUCGAGCGGAUGGCGGAAGAAAUCUACGCAGAGCACCCGGCGACAUGCAUCUUUGCCGCGAAUUUGCUUGUGGAUUUGCAUCUUCAAGCCAACACCCGUGACCGAAUCAACAAGGCAAACGAGAUUUUGCAAGCUUUGGCCAAAGCGGACACUGUGCGGGCAGCAUACUGGACGUAUCGGCUCGCGCAAGUCGCCAAGCCUGCGACGGCGUAGUUUAUACCUAGUUCUCUGUAGAACUAGCUAGGCCUUGUGUGACACAGUCGUUACAACAAAAUAUUCAAGCUGUAUUGUGGCAUGUGGAUUCGAACAAGUACACAUUGCAGUACCUAUUGAAACCCGACAACGCGAAAGGCAUGCGAGACCACAGCCGCCACGAUAUAUCGCUUAGCGACUAGAGGUAUAUGAUUAUAUUUUACGAUUUAUAUAUUUCAUGGUGC